GCCAAGAUGGAUGAAAUGAAGGAAAGUUCCCUCCGGCUGACCAGAGACAAACAACAGCCUAUAAAGACAGAGUGGAGCUCCAGAUACGUCCUCUUCACUUACUUCCAAGGGGACAUUAACAGUGUAGUCGAUGAGCACUUUUCUAGAGCCUUGAGUAACACUAAAAAGCCCAAAGAUGUGAGCACUGGAGACAGGAGUGAGGCCUCUAUCCCUGAUAGUGACAAUCAUUUGCAUCCAAAUCAGUGGAGUUUCAACCCUCACUGGACUAGGCCAAUGCCAGAAUUAUCUUCCAUCAACAAGAGCCUGGCCAACUGUGGUUUGAACAUGCCUGUCGCCCAGGACUCAUCGCCGCUGAUGGUCACAAGUCCUCCUCCGCAGCUUGGAAACCUGUGGCAUUUGUCAUCUCCUGUAGCCAGCCCGAGCCAUGCUGAGAUGGGGUACCCUUCUCCCUCCUUCUCUAGUUUUCAUCUUAUGCCGGGACCUGAGCGUGAGAGGAAAUACGGCUCCCUUCUGAACCUCCUGCAGCAAGACAGGUGCAUUGCGUACCCUGUGCCACAAGCCAGGAAGCAGGCUAGACAUUGUCCCCAUGGCAUUGGAACCACGAACCUGUUCCCCUCUGGGACUCUCAGCCCUGACUGUGAGAAGAAAUCAGGUUCCUUCCAAAGGCUAGAAAAUCCCAGCACCCAUCCCACUAAUGGAAGCAUAGAAACAAACACUGUUUCUCCACCCGGAUCUGAGAGCCCAGGGCAUCCUCUUGAAGUCAAAGGGCCUAAAUGA